AUGGCGUCCACACGUACCAUAACGAAAUCAUCCCGCAAUGUCUACAUCGCCACAUCUCCAAGGCCACAUCUCUCAAGCGACCGGCCCUCAGGUAUCGUCUACUUCUGGGCCACCCUCGGCAUCGGCAUCAUCGCGCUACUAAUCAACAACGUCGUCCGCUGGUCUCUCUCCGACGACUUCGUCCGCUCUGAUCCCGGACCAGACCCCUACCCCUACCUCUUCAUUCUCCGUGGCACAGAAGCCCUCUCAUGCGCCAUCUUCGUCCUCCUAGGAACCCAUACCCUCAUCCUCCCCUGGCUCCGCACCGGCGCCCCCAGCCUCGACGGCAAGCUCUUCCUCGGCGGCGUCUCUGCCUCCACGCUCGACAUCCUCUUCGCCGUCUUCCAGCCCACGUGGGCCAUGAACGCCCACGGCCUCGCCUACGGCAGCUGGGCCCGCAGCAUCCCGCUCUUCCCCGGCCCCGGCGCGCACAAGGUGCCUUGGGGCCUGCUAUGGUGUCUGCCCGCCUACAUCUGGCUGGGCGUCGGCGCCGCCAUCUUCGGCUGCGCGCUGCUCGACGCCCUCCACCGGGCGUUCCCGCGCCUGAGCACGAUGGCGGCCUACGCGGUCGUGCAGGCGGCCUACUACGCCAUCUUCGCCGCGCUCGCGACCUUCUGGAACAGGCACCAGGUGUACACGUACGUGUCGGCGCCGCGCGCGCUCACGGCGUGGCAUGGCCAGGUGCACCAGCUGCCGCUGUACGAGCCGUUCUUGAUCGGGCUCUACUGCUGGGGCUACACGUGGCUGCGGCGGUCGCGGGACGCGGCGGGGAGGUGUGCGGUUGAUCGGGAGGUGGAUGGGCUGCAGAUCGGUGGGUUCGGGAGGGAGGUGCUGAGUGCGCUUGCGGUUUGUGGGUGGGCGGCUGUGGUGACAGUGGUCGCGUAUAUGAUUCCGUUUAGUUGGUUGAGUAUGCUGGGGGAUGGGCAUCCGGUGCUGCCGAGUUUUUUGCAGCAGGGGAUCUGGUGCGGGCAGCCGGGGGGCCCGUUGUGUCCCGGGCAGAUGCUUGCGGUGAUGAGGGAGAAAGUGGUGUAG